UUAGCUCGACUUGGAAAGGAAACAGAGAAGUGUGCUGUAGACCUGGACAGCUGCGGACUUAUCUUAAAACACUUUCUCCGAAUAAACAAAACAUUUUUAACAACAGCCAUGGCUCUUACCGAUGCGGACGUACAGAAGCAGAUUAAACACAUGAUGGCCUUCAUUGAACAAGAGGCCAAUGAGAAAGUUGAGGAAAUCGAUGCUAAGGCAGAGGAAGAGUUCAACAUUGAGAAAGGGCGUUUGGUUCAGACUCAGAGGGUAAAAAUCAUGGAGUACUAUGAAAAGAAAGAAAAGCAGAUUGAACAGCACAAGAAAAUCCAAAUGUCACACCUGAGGAGCCAAGCAAGACUGAAAGUGCUGAAGGCCCGAGAUGACAUGAUCUCAGAUUUGUUGAAUGAAUCCCGUCAACAACUUGCAAAUAUUGCAAAAGAUCCUGCUCGCUAUUCUACACUGCUGGAAGGUUUGGUGCUUCAGGGAUUCUACCAACUGCUGGAACCUAAAGUGACAAUACGAUGCCGGCAGGAGGAUGUAGAAAUGGUUCAGGCUGCAGUUAACAAGAAUGUUCCAAUCUACAAAGAAGCAGUGAAAAACAACAUUGUCGUCAAAAUUGACCAGGAACGUUUUCUUCCAGCAGACAGCUGUGGAGGAGUUGAAGUGUAUAAUGAUAAUGGAAAGAUCAAGGUCACCAACACUUUGGAAAGCAGGCUAGAACUUAUAGCGCAUCAGAUGAUGCCAGAAAUCAAAGUAACCUUGUUUGGUGCCAACCCCAAUCGCAAGUUUUUGGAUUAACAGGAAGAAAACAGCAUGAACGCAGUUGGAAUCACUAGAGUGACAACAGACUUUCUGUAUGUUGUAUGUUAUGGGUGUGUUUUAUGCAUUUCAGUAUUUGUACUACUGGACUACGUAAUAAUCUGAACAGGGCACUUUUGAAUAUGAAGUGCCUUAUAUUUUACCUCAGUGGAGUUUGUCAAAAAGUUACAGCAAAUGUUUAAGGGUCAUCUGUGACUUGUCAAAUCAGGUUAUCUGUACUAUAUGUAAAUAAGUUUUGUGUUAAUUUUUGUAGAUUGCAGCCUAUUAUGAGGUUGUUUUCCAGUGUUUGUAGACAAAUGAAAGCCAAAGACAAAGUUAAUAAAAGCUCAGGACGCAGAGAAAUCAGCAUUUAAGUGAUAUCUUUAUUUACAGCUUUAAAGCAACAGUUUAUUCAGGCUAUAUUCUCUCUAUAAUGAGGAAAAUCUAGUAGCCUAGGAGAUACACUAGCCAAAAUGUUUCUGGCAUUACAAAUGUAAAAAAAAAGGUUUUAGUGCCACCCAGUGGACUUAUGUAAUGGCAAACAGUUGGCAAGAGAGAGUGCCAUACACUGGUCUAACAUUUGACAUUGUCUUGUUAAAUUGGACUUAAAGUA